AUGGCGUUAUUGGACUCAUUGAAUCAUUAUCACGUUGCUGUCCCUUUGCUUGCCAUACCGGUUGCAUAUCUUGUUUAUGUUGCAGUAUAUCGUCUGUUCUUUCAUCCGCUUGCACAAUAUCCGGGACCAUUUUUGGCAAAGCUUACGACAUGGUAUUCUGCCUACCACAAUUAUAUCAAUGAUGUUCACAUUGAUAUCCUGAGGUGCCAUGCAGAGUACGGAGAUUUCGUUCGCUACGGACCGGACAGGCUUCUAGUCAACAGUGCAAACGGAUACCAUGACAUCUAUGGCCAUGGCAAAAACAUUGCCAAGUCCAAGGCUUACUGGGCCCUCUUGACCCGAGCACGCCAGUUCUCGGUCUUGACGGCGUGGGACAAGAAAGUCCAUGGGCGCAAACGACGAGUAGUAGGUCAAGGUUUUACCGAGGCUGCAGUCCGGGGGUAUGAGCCCGUCAUCAAAGACAAUGUCACGAUUUUGUGCAAUAAGUUGCUAGCAAACGACGGUCGAAAUGCUGUCCCUGAAGCGGCCAAUGCUUGGAGUCUCCCAGUGGACAUGUCCGAGUUCACCAACUACCUUUCUUUUGAUAUCAUGACGGACGUUAUAUUCAGUGUCAAACGUCAUCUGAUUGAAAAUUCGCACUACCGUUGGAUCACCACUUGCAUUGAGAGAAUGAUGCACCGCAUUGGCGUCCUGUCCAUGGUACCCUGGACGAGAUGGUGGGGCUUAGGACUUCACUGGCUCAUUAUGCCGGACGGCGUACGAGCAUCAGCACAGUUCACUGACGAAGCCAAAUAUUUUGCCACAGCAAGAAUGAAACAGCAGCUUCCUAAAGGAAAAAAAGACGUGUUCCAGAACUUACUGAACGCCAAAGACGCGGAGACUGGAGAGGGCCUGCCAUUACCUGAAUUGUUGGCUGAAGCGGGAUUAUUGAUUGUGGCAGGCUCUGAUACCACCUCAUCUGCCCUCGCUGGCAUCUUCUUCUACCUGUCGCGCAAUCCUUCGGUUUACGCCAGGGUCGCCCAAGAAAUCCGGACGACGUUUCCCUCGGUGGCAGGAAUUUCCCAUGGGCCCGAGCUCCGCUCCUGCAUAUACCUCCACGCUGUGGUCGACGAGUGCCUACGCAUGUGCCCCCCUGUCUCUGCGGCUCCGUGGCGGGUUGUCCUCAAGGGUGGCCAAAACAUCGACGGUCACGAGAUACCAGAGGGCAUCGAAGUUGGGACAUGUCUUUACUCGCUCAUGCACAACCCGGCAUAUUUUGCCGAACCUUUCAAGUUCGACCCUGACCGCUGGAUCGAAACGGAAAGCAAUCCUGCGGCCACCAUUGAACUUCAGCGGAGGGCUUUCGUGCCCUUCCUGAGCGGCGCAAGGAUGUGCGCGGCCAAGAAUCUAGCCAUGGCAGAGUUGUUGAUAACGACAGCCCAGGUCUUGUACACGAUGGAUUUCAAGCCGGCUGAUGGUCCCGAGGGGAAACUGGGCGAAGGUAUGAUGGGGAUGGGAGCCGGGAGGGAACGACCAGAGGAGUUCCAACUAUAUUCGCACUUUGUCACUGUGGCUAAACGUGGUCCUGUUCUGCAGUUCCGUAGAAGGGAAACAGAGUAA